GGAAGGGCCAAAACAGAGACCAACGCGUCUAGGCAAGACAGAAAUAAUCAACAAGAUGAAAUAAAUAUGGUAGAAGGACACUGAGUCACUGAUGAUAAAUGAUAAGGAUGGUAGUGAUGGAAGUGAUAGCUAUAAAAAACAAAAUUGAAUAAAAUAUGAAAAAAUAUAUAAAUGAAUGCCAAAAUACAAAAAUGAAGCACUAGAGAAACAAAAUACAAUAGAUGUAAAAAUACAACAUCACAUAAAAGCAAGUCUAUAAAAAUGGAUUCAAGAAGUGAUUUAAAGGAAGUCACUGAUUCUGCAAACUGUAUCUGACAAAGCUGAGGGGCCCACUCUUACCCCAGGGUGUACUGCUGCUGUUGCUGGAGAUUCAUGGAGAGAUUUUAAAGUAGAUCAACUGAUUAAAUAAAUGAUUUGAUUAAAACACAUCCACAGAUCCUCUUUAUUAAUAAUACAUUUAGGUGUUUGUGAAAAGGAUUGUGUGAUAACAAGUUAGAAAACAAGCAGAGGAGAUAGAAGAGCUAAAUGUAAUGGAUAAACUGUUGCAAUAGAUAAGUGGUUCCAGUAGUUGGAGCAGAAACUUGAGUACUCGAGUACAGUAGGGGUUCUGUGGGGGGCUGCAGUACCCCCUAAAAUCUGACAUAAUAAAAACCACCACCAACUUAUAAUGACUUUCUCCUUUUUUUACUGGGAUUUAUAUGUACACACUGUACACUAUUACUAUUAAAUAGGCUAUACAUGUUACUGGCCAUUUAAAUGAAUGCAAAAACCAUGAAUGUAAAGAAUUUAGCAUUUAGUCUGAUGAUCUCUCUGCACCCCCAGCUCUGACUGACUCACAGCGUCCCUGCUCAGGUAAAGUACAAAUACGUCAAAGCUGCACGUCAGUACAGUGAUGUACUUCCUAGCACUGUUGACUCCGCUCUCACAGUCUCUGUCAUGUGGAUCUGUUUCGUCAUGGUUCUCUGCAAGGAUUCAAUGAAUCAUCUUAUCUUGUUUAAAUUGGCCCAGCCUUAAAUAUUCAGACUCAAGGAUUUGACAUUGAAGGAGCUGAAUAAAAGCGUGGCCCUGCAGCAGCUCUAGGCCUUCCUGCACAGCUCCUCUCUGCCAUGCUUGGCCUCUGAACCAGACUCCCCCCUACCCCUUCUCUCUCAGGACCUUCCUCUGCUAUACGGAUAUGGCUUGGUUUCUGUGCUCGUGUGUGUUUUUGUUCGUGGGCCUUGCUUUGUUGGUGCUACAGUGGAAGUUCAGGAGGUCUGGUCCCCAGGAGCCCCCCCGCCUCCCAGCGCUACCUCUGAUCGGCAGUCUGCUGAGCCUGCGGAGCCCUCACCCUCCUCAUGUGCUUUUCAAAGAACUGCAGGGGAAAUAUGGACAGACGUACUCCCUGAUGAUGGGCUCCCACUGUGUCAUCGUCGUCAACCAGCACGCACACGCCAAAGAAGUGCUGCUGAAGAAGGGGAAGAUAUUUGCAGGAAGACCCAGAACUGUAACCACAGAUGUUCUGACCAGAGAUGGGAAAGACAUCGCGUUUGGAGACUACAGCGCUACCUGGAGGUUCCACAGGAAAAUAGUCCAUGGAGCUCUGUGCAUGUUUGGAGAGGGCUCAGCCUCCAUCGAGAAGAUCAUCUGUGCAGAGGCUCAGUCUCUGUGCUCCGUCCUGUCCGAGGCAGCGGCUGCUGAACUGGCCCUGGACCUGUCUCCUGAGCUGACGCGGGCUGUCACCAACGUCAUCUGCUCACUGUGCUUCAAUUCGUCCUACCGCAAGGGGGACCCCGAGUUCGAGGCCAUGCUGCGCUACAGCCAGGGCAUCGUGGACACUGUGGCAAAGGACAGCCUGGUAGACAUCUUCCCCUGGUUACAGAUAUUUCCCAAUGCCGAUCUGCGUCUUCUAAAGGAGUGUGUUUCAAUUAGAGACAAACUUCUACAGAAGCAAUACGAAGAACACAAGGCAGACUACAGUGACCAUGUUCAGAGAGACCUGCUGGACGCUCUGCUGAGAGCCAAGCGCAGUGCGGAGAACAACAACACGGCAGAGAUCAGUGCAGAAUCCGUAGGCCUCAGUGACGACCACCUCCUCAUGACUGUAGGAGACAUCUUUGGAGCGGGUGUGGAAACCACCACCACCGUGCUCAAAUGGGCCGUCACCUACCUCAUUCACCACCCGCAGGUGCAGAGGCGUAUCCAGGAGGAGCUGGACAGUAAGGUGGGUGUGGACCGGUCACCUCAGCUCAGUGACAGAGGCAGUCUGCCCUACCUGGAGGCCACCAUCAGGGAGGUGUUACGGAUUCGCCCUGUGGCCCCUCUACUCAUCCCCCAUGUGGCCCUCAGUGACAGCAGCAUUGGGGAUUUCACAGUGAGGAAAGGAAGUCGAGUUAUCAUCAACCUGUGGUCUCUGCACCAUGACGAGAAGGAAUGGAAAAACCCUGAGCACUUUGACCCUGGUCGGUUCUUGGACAGUGACGGCACUGGUCUGAUCAUCCCGUCGUCCAGCUACCUGCCGUUCGGCGCUGGGGUCAGGGUGUGCCUGGGCGAGGCCUUGGCCAAGAUGGAGCUCUUCCUCUUUCUGACCUGGAUCCUACAGCGCUUCACCCUCUCCGUCCCACCGGGCCACCCUAUGCCCAGUCUGGAGGGCAAGUUUGGCGUGGUCCUCCAGCCUGCCAAGUACAAGGUGAACGCCGAGCCCAGACCGGGCUGGAAGACGAAGUGCCAGGCAUGUUGAGGCUGGCCACAUGUUCUCGAGAACAGUGGCUCUCAGUUGUGACCUGAGAGUCUGUGAACUGGACAUUUCUUCUUUUUAUGCAUGACUUUUAUUAUUAUUUCUAAUAAGUAAUUCUAGUAACACUAUCUUACCAACAGUUCUGAACUCUAUUUAUAAAAUAAACCUUUGGGUCUGAUAUACAGUAUUUGAACAAGUUCUCUCUGCUGCACUUCACUAAAUAAUCUCAGGCUAGAGGAGGGCCUACAUACCAAUAGGAAACACACUUCUCUAUACAAAUAACUGUAAUUCCUGCAGCCUCUCAACCAGAACCUUGGUCAACUUCCUCCUUUCCUGUACUUGCUAGGCCAAAGACUAUAUAAAUAAAAAUGGAUGUAGUCUCCGUGAUGUCACCCAUAGGUCUCUGAAGAGGUGUUGUGAAGCUUUGGCUCUGGCCGUCGCCAUCUUGGCAGUCCAAGUUCAAACAGGAGCAUAUUAGAAAACAGGGAGGGUUCUUACUAAAAUAAGAUCAAAUACAUUUAUAAAAUGGAUGAAAUAAUAAAAAUAAAGGCAUGUUUCCAUUCUAUAAGGUUUUCUCUGUGGUUAAUAGAGGCCUUACCCACAAUUUGAUGCAAGGUUAUUAUAGUUAACUAAAACUAAACU